GUCUUCCCCAUGUAUAAAGGCGCUACCCCUUCUAGAGAGAAAAGGUGGUGAGAGCUGGGGGAUGUUUCAAAAAAACUCUCUCGUAGAUAGAAACAAAAUAGAGAUUUGCAUCCAAAAAAAUAUUCCUGAAAGCUUGUGGAAGUUUUACGAAGUAUGACUUCUCUUUCCAUUACACAUGUCACAAGACCUCUAGUUGUACGCAGAACCGUGCUCGUCGCAUUUCAGUGUUGAAAUUGCAAGGGAUUUCGUCGAUUCAUCAGUCGUUUAAGUCAUUCUCUCCUUCGUACCAUUGGAUUCUCUUCUAGCAGUCUUUACAUGCGCGCAUAAAAAAGCAGGCCAUCGAAUGGGAGCGGGAGGAAGAGAAGUUUUCUAAAAGGAAUAGAAUCGAUAUGUCGAAAUAAAAAUGUUGGCUUCGUUGGCCCCAUAACUCUGAGGGAAUGGGGGUCUCCAUCAGAAACGCGUUAUUCGUAAAGGAGAAGAUUGCGUAAAUACUUCAUUUUCUUCUUUUCAUAUUCAUCACUUUGUUGUUGUUAUUGUUUUGCACGUUUAUUCGUGCAUUUUAUCUGAGAGCACUCAUCGCAAAUCCCAAAAGAACUAACCAUUAUUCAGUCCUUGAGAAAAAAAGCUUUACAAAACUCCUAAGUGUUUAUCAAAAGUUCAUCAUGUUCGACAUCGCGUUUGAGAAUGGGCAACCCACCUACCAAAGCAACACCAUCUUUAAGUGUUUCAGAGAUAACGGCAACGGUCUCCUUUUCCGCAUCGUUAACGAAGAUGAGAAGAAGUGGGCGUUCUACAACGAUACCACGAGCUACAACAUGGUGGUGCGCGUCGUCUUUGGCAAGGAUAGCGAGAUCGAGGCGUUGGAGGAUACCCAAAUGAGUCGUGAUGAGGAAACUAACGAGUAUAAGUGCGAGUUGCACAUCCCACCCUUGGAGACGAAGAUGUUCAUUAGCGGCGUUCCUAAUGGCUACAGGAUGAACUUUGAAGCUAACCCUAUCCCUAAGUAAACGAGAGAUGAAUAGUAUCUAAGACUAUUUUUAUAUAAAUAUAUAUAUAUAUAUGUAUGUAUAUAUAUAUAUGCCUGAAAAAAAAGGAAUUAAUUCAUGUUUAUAGUUUAUGUUUACUAAGUACUGUAAGUGUUUAGAAGCCAGAUCGUAAA